AAAAUACCCCCCAAAAAAAAAAAAAAAAUCCAAAAAUUCCGUGUGUGUUUUUUCUUUUGGGUAAUCUUUUUCAGAAAAAGUGGAGUGUUCCCUUAUUGGUUGAAAGCAAUAAAGGUGGUCUUAUGAAAUUAAACUGAAGGCACGGAAGGUUGUAGAGAUAUUCCAGAUGGAGGGAACGAAUCUCUGAUUGUGUUGUGUAGUUUUAUGGUUGAUGUACACGACAAAAUAUAGUCUGUUCAGUUUCAGUGAAGUCUGUAAGUUUGUGUCAGAGUCUCUUUGAAAACUCUCGCUUUGAGCUGUUAUAGCCAUAGAAUUUUUCCACUGAUUUGUCUUCCUUCCCAACCAACACGCCGAAUCACUCUCCCCUAAUCGCCUAUAAUCUCUCUCUCUCUCUUUUUCUGCUUCUCUGCGUCUGUUUCUUUUUUACCGUUGGUCGAGUUGAAUUAAUCUCGAACCAAAUCUCUCUACUAUUCCAUCGCAUUUCUCAAUCGUCGUCUUUAAUACAUCUUGAAAAUUUUCCUUUGCCUAGUUCGGUUUAUGGUAUUCCGAUCAUCUCUGAAGCGGUCUUCCGGCAUACCCAGAUGGAGAAUGACCCGCUGCUCACGUAUCUUAGCCCCAGGUGGAAACCGCCGUCACUGCCACCCCAACUCUGCCCGUUGCCGGAAAAUGAUGAGAUCACUCUCCCUAUGACCCCGUCGGAGCUCAAAGACCGUCUCAUCUUCGGCCCUUCUUCUUCACCCAGAGACAGCUCCCCCAUAGUCGAUGCUCUGACGCUCUCUCUCAAUUCUUCAAUACCCUCUUCCUCUUCUAACCAAGACAACCCCACGACCCCAAAGGACCUGCAAGCUUGGCUCCUCGACCCCAAUUACCCAUGGACCAAAACCAACCUACACCGCUCCAAAACCGCGCCCGCCAUGGCUGUAAUCAACGAGAUAAAGAACAAUUCUGUGUCCAAACCCAAAUUUGGUUCGCAAUCAAUUGUACACCAAGCUUUCCUUCUCCUCGUGAUUUAUUUAUCGCUGGGUGUGAUUAUAUAUUGGUUGAACCGUGACAAUUUCAGAGCAACCGAGACUCACCCUGUUGUGGAUGCAUUGUAUUUUUGUAUUGUGACAAUGUGCACUAUCGGUUAUGGAGAUAUAACUCCUGAUAGUACGGCUACGAAACUAUUUUCUAUAAUGUUUGUGUUGGUGGGUUUCGGGUUUAUUGAUAUCUUGCUCACUGGGAUGGUGAGCUAUGUGCUUGAUUUGCAGGAGAAUUAUUUGCUGAGGAAUGUUCAGGAUGUGGGUGAUCAGAAAGAGUCGGCGAGGUCUUAUAUAAUUGAUGUGAAGAAAGGUAGGAUGAGGAUCAGAAUGAAAGUGGCUUUGGCUUUGGGGGUUGUUGUGCUCUGUAUUGGAAUAGGUGUGGGGGUUAUGCAUUUUGUGGAGAGGCUUGGAUGGGUGGAUUCGUUUUAUCUUUCGGUUAUGUCGGUGACAACCGUUGGAUAUGGUGACCGGGCAUUCAACUCUUUGCCUGGUCGUAUUUUUGCUUCAAUUUGGUUACUUGUAUCGACUCUUGCAGUUGCGAGGGCAUUUCUGUAUUUGGCAGAGGCAAGGGUAGAUAAACGACACAGGAAAAUGGCUAAUUGGGUUCUUGGUCAGGAUAUGACUGUCGCUCAGUUCCUCGCUGCUGAUAUUGACAAUAAUGGUUUUGUAAGUAAAUCAGAAUAUGUCAUAUACAAGCUGAAGGAGAUGCAAAAGGUGACAGAGAAAGAUAUUAUGCUGAUCUGCAGCAAGUUUGAUAAGCUAGAUACUGGCAACUGUGGAAAAAUAACUCUUGGUGAUCUUUUGGAGAAUCAACAUUGAUAUACUAGUAAACUUGUUAUUUUUCUCUCAUAAUAAAACAAAAACGUGAGAGAAUAACCUAUUUGCUAGCCAAAUGAAAGAGACAUACUUAUGUUCACUGCUAGAUCAGUUGGUUCUCCUGUCCAGACAGACCUUCGGCUCCAGUCUGAUAGUGUCAUGGUUGUAUUUCCGGCUUUAAUAAUGCAAAAUUCCAAUUCAAUACGAAGGUCGUUUCAUCUUCCAGGAAUCCAGCUAAUGCUCAUCUGAUUGCAUCUGGAAUGACUGGACUGCUUCUGAUGGAUGAGAGAAAUUUUGAGGCCAUUGAUGAUAUUGUACAAAUUUUUUGUCCAUAUAUAGAAUUUUGAAUUUAUUCUUUUACAAGGAUUUGUGGAUAUCUAAAAUAUGUCGCUUUAUUAGAAUUUUUCAUCUUUUUAUUUUGUGAAAGAGAGACCAUGUCGCUCGACAAUGUAAAUGAUCUAAAUAUGCACGAAUGAAGGUCUUGAUUGCUCUCUCUUCCCCUGAA